AUGCGGGUGGAUACUGUGCUUGUGUUCUUCAUCUUCGCCUGCCUGGCAGGCGCUGCCGGAAAGAUGGCUCAGUCUCGGGGUCACAAGCUGGAGACCUUUACACAAAGCAGGUCCCGAAGGGAAACAAGAAUGGAUGAUUCAGGUCACAAAACCGGAAGCCCAAUCUACAAAAGAAGCCCUGACUUGACAAAAUCUCUGAUGACUAAAUCGGAGCAGCUUCUCAGGAUAGACGACCACGAUUUCACCAUGAGGCCGGCGUUUGGAGGUCCUCCCAUUCCAGUCGGAGUAGAUGUUCAAGUCGAAAGUUUGGACACCAUCUCUGAAGUGGAUAUGGACUUCACCAUGACACUUUAUCUUCGUCACUACUGGAAGGACGAGAGACUGUCAUUUCCAAGCACCAACAACCAGAGCAUGACUUUUGACAGUCGCCUGGUGAAGAAAAUUUGGGUCCCGGAUAUGUUCUUUGUGCAUUCAAAGCGCUCUUUCAUCCAUGACACCACCACCGACAAUGUCAUGCUGAGGGUUUAUCCUGAUGGCAACGUGCUGUACAGUCUCAGGGUCACAGUUACCGCCAUGUGCAAUAUGGACCUCAGCCGCUUCCCUCUGGAUACCCAGACGUGCUCUCUGGAGAUCGAAAGCUAUGCGUACACGGACGAUGACCUGAUGCUUUACUGGAAGAAAGGCAACGAAUCCCUCAACACGGAUGACAGAAUAUCCCUUUCCCAGUUCCUCAUCCAGAAAUUUCACACCACCACCAAACUGGCUUUCUACAGCAGCACAGGCUGGUACAACCGCUUGUACAUCCACUUCACCCUGCGUCGCCACAUUUUCUUCUUCUUGCUGCAGACCUACUUCCCUGCGACGCUCAUGGUCAUGUUAUCCUGGGUGUCAUUCUGGAUCGACCGCAGGGCAGUACCUGCUAGAGUACCCCUAGGCAUCACCACUGUGCUCACCAUGUCCACCAUCAUCACCGGGGUCAACGCCUCGAUGCCGAGAGUGUCCUACAUUAAGGCGGUGGACAUUUACUUAUGGGUCAGCUUUGUCUUUGUCUUCCUGUCGGUGAUCGAGUACGCCGCCGUCAAUUACCUCUCCACAGUUCAGGAGAGGAAAGAGAGGAAGCUAAGGGAGAGACUGCCCUGCACUUGCGGUAUCGGGAACCCGGACGACAUGAUGAUCGACCCCCAGAUCACCGGAUACGGCUCCAUGGACAUCAACACCACGGGGAACUACGGCAUGCCGGAGAACGGCGGGCGCCAAGAUCGAAUUCUGGCUCAGGUGGCCCUGAACGAUCCACAGCUCACAGGCCAGGUCAAGGCCUCCAGGGGCUACGUGAACAUAUGGAUCGACACACACGCCAUAGACAAAUACUCCCGGGUGGUCUUUCCCGGAGCUUACAUCCUCUUUAACAUCAUCUACUGGUCCAUCUACUCGUAAGGUGUACGCACGGGGAGUAAUGUGCGCUAAGCUGAGAAGAACUGAUACGUAAGGACUUAGUGGAAACGCUACCGGGAACGAGGACCGUCGCCUUCUCAACAGAAGCCUCUUAAGACUGGUGACUUGCACUGGUACCGCUCCAAAUGUGUGUGUGCGCGCGUAUGUGUAUCUGUGUGUGUCAUGCAGUGACUUUCGUGGCGUGCAUAGAAAGACGUUUGCUGUCGCUUAAUGUACCGCCUGCUAUGAGAGGCGAAAGCAGCACUUUUUCACUCCUUGAAGGAUGAAACCACCGCACAAAUAUGUUUCUUAUUAUAGAUGAUAAGUAUUAACUGUUUGGGAGCUUUUUAUUUUCAUCAUAGUCGCUCGGAGGUGUUUUUAGGACGUGAAGGGCCUCUUGCUUAUUCGCCUUUUUGGGGGGCCUCAACAUGUCACAAAUGUGUGUAUGCUGGUGAAAAUUGAUGUCUUUUAGGGAUUCUCAGCAUGACAGCUUGCCACAAGAAUGAAAUAAUAGAAAAGAGUGUUACUGUCUCCAAUGCUAAAUUACUGUAGCAACAGAGCUAACCCAAAUCCCCACAUAAAAAAAAAAAAAAAAGAAGCUAUCUUCUGCUGAAUUCCAUCCAUUUUCUAUAGUGCAUGAAUACAUUAGGGUGAGCUGAAGUCUAUCCCAGCUGACUUUGGACCUCUGGAUUGGUUGUCAGUCAAUUGGGUGGCACGUAUAUGGAUAAUCCACUAUUCACAUUCCCACCUAUGGACAAUAGCGUCUGCCUGCAUGUUUCUGGAAGAAGCAUGGGAACGACACACAGGAAUUCCUGAGCUGAAACUCAAACACAACUGUGAGGCUGAUGUGCUAGCCAUCAAACUCUAUUGAUCAUUUUGUGGAUUCACAAUGAAAAAUCGAUGUGAGGCCCUGUUUAUCAAUGCUUGUUGCUUCAUUUUCUCUUUAGAAUUGCAUGGCGGGUCCAAUCAACUGGACGUAUUUUGGUCCACGCGCCGUAGGUUGCCCAUCCCUGAGGAGACCAUUGAAAGACACUGCAUCAACUCUAUUUUCACAUUUGCCAAUUAGUCACACAACUCUAAACCUCCUCAAGACAAUCAGCACGUGAAAUAUGACUCGAUGUACGUUUCCUUGUGUGACUUUCGUAUCAGUGCUGUGAAGCUACCGCAUUACAUCUUUGUGAUUGGACAAUGGUUUGUUAUAAAUUUUAAAAAAAAGACAAAAGAAAAAAAAAAAAAGCACUGGCUGAUGUACCUUAUCAUUAAAAUGACUAUUUCUUCUUUAUUGAUACCAGCACAGCUAGAAAUACGCCACCACGGUGACAUUACCAAGAACUGGACAUGAUCCCUCUGAAAUUGAUAAAAAGAUGAGAAUAAAACUGGUCAGGGAUGCUGCCAGGAGACUAAAAGCAAUUCAAUUUGCUGCAGUUAUUUCUACCCAAUAGUGGCUGUUGGAUUCGGUUGACAACGUUAUCGUCAUAGUAGGUCUGGCAUGCUUAACGAUAAAUUGCAAUACUUGCUUUAUAGGCGAUGACCUUCGAGUUUGAAUUCAUAAGUGAAAAGCAUACUCGAGUGACUCGGCCACUGAAUAAUCAUCAAUGUCAUUGCCUUCAAGUACAAAAGUGUGGGAUGAGAGGCACCGUUCCUGAAUAAAAAAAAACAUUAAAUAAAGAAGCUUGCUCAACAUUUUAUAAAGUUUUAUGAAAGAAAGGAAUCCAACAUGCUUUUGAAUAUGUUCUUGAUAAGCAGAGAACAAACAUGAAAGCAGAAAAAAUAACAAGAAGCAAGCGAAUAUGCUGCAGUCAAUAUGAAGCUCCAGAUUUCUUCUCUGAAAAUAAACGGUUUCACUUCGAACUGUUAAACGGCCGCUUCGAGUUCUCUUGAUAAAAUAGCUUUUAUAUCUGAACAGUAAAUGCCAUGUUUUUGUGAAACCUUUUAAAUUAAGCAAAAAGCUCCUUUUGCUUCAUUUGGAUUCCAUUGCAGUGGUGAAUAAAAGCAAAAUUGUAGAACC